CGCGUGUGCCGGGAGGCCGCUGGGGCAGCGGAGGUGCCUCCCCGCUGAGAAGCGAGCCGGAGCGGCGUCCAGUGGGGAAGAUGAACGGCAGCAGCGCCAGGUCCAGCCACUUGUCUCAGCCGGUCGUGAAGAGCGUGCUGGUGUACCGCAACGGGGACCCCUUCUUCGCGGGGCGCCGUUUCGUCUUCCACGAGAAGAAGGUGUCCAGCUUCGACGCCUUCCUCAGGGAGGUGACGGGCGGCGUUCAGGCGCCCUUUGGGGCCGUCAGGAACAUCUACACCCCGCGGACCGGGCACCGCAUCCGGAAGCUAGACCAGAUCCAGACCGGGGGCAACUACGUGGCUGGGGGCCAGGAAGCCUUCAAGAAACUCAAUUACUUGGACAUAGGAGAAAUAAAGAAAAGACCGAUGGAAGUUGUGAAUACAGAGGUAAAACCAGUAAUCCACAGCAGGAUCAACGUGUCAGCUCGCUUUAGAAAACCGCUUCUGGAACCCUGCGCUAUCUUCUUGAUUGCAAAUGGAGACCUUAUAAACCCAGCUUCUAGACUCCUCAUCCCUAGAAAAGCCUUGAAUCAGUGGGAUCAUGUACUACAAAUGGUCACGGAAAAAAUAACUCUGAGGAGUGGGGCUGUCCACAGACUUUAUACUUUAGAAGGAAAACUGAUUGAGAGUGGGGCAGAGUUGGAGAAUGGGCAGUUUUACGUGGCUGUCGGCAGAGAUAAGUUUAAGAAAUUGCCUUACAGUGAAUUACUUUUUGACAAGUCAACGAUGAGAAGGUCUUAUGGUCAGAAAGCCUCUUCGCUACCUCCUAUUGUAGGAUCCAGAAAGUCUAAAGGGAGUGGAAAUGAUCGCCAAUCUAAGUCAACAGUCGGAUCCAGCGACAACUCAUCUCCUCAGCCUCCAAAGAGGAAAGGGAAAAAAGAAGAUGUGAAUUCAGAAAAACCCACGAAAGGGAAACAGAAUGUAAAGUUAAAGAGUUCGCCGCAAACAAUUCCGAACAGUGAUGAAGGCGUUUUCAAAGCUGGAGAGGAAAGAUCAGAAACGCGGGGGGCUGCAGAAGUCCAAGAAGAUGAAGAUACUCAAGUUGAGAUUCCACUUGACCAGAGGCCAGCAGAAAUAGUAGAUGAGGAAGAUAGAGAGAAAGAAAAUAAGGAAGUGGGACAGAAGGAAGACUUUUCAGGAAUGAAUGGUGGAGUUGAAGAGGAAGGAGGCGGGGAGGCUACUGAAGCUCCAGAGCAAGCAGAGGAGAUCCUGGAUCACAGGGAGGAGCAGGCAGGUCCUGCUCGUGUGAGCAGAGGCACCAAUGAAGAAAAUGGCGAGGAACUGGACCAGGUUAAUAAUGAGCUGCAAGAAGCAGUGGACGAGGAAAUAAAGUCUCAAGGAGCUGGCAGUGGAUGUGAAGAGGCUGACUUGGACCCUCAAAGACCACCAAAGCCAGAAGUAAAAAUCACCAGCUCACAAGAAAAUGAUAACAAUGAACAAAACAAGGAUAAUCUGUUAUAGCAUGGAUGAUUUUUAAAAAGAGAGUAUAUUGAGUAUAAGAAAAAUUAAGGGUUAUAAUACUCGAAUAAUAAGCAUAUAGUUAUUGCUAAACAUAAUGUGACAAUAUGGUUGAAUACUACCUACUGAAAUUUAAAGUUAGAGGCCAAACUAAUGGGAAACACUAGAUAACUUUGAAUAGCUACUAAAGCAGAGUGACUUUUUAUGAGAUGUGUUUUAAAAAGUCAUUUAGAAAAAUUAAACAAGAGUAAUAGAGGGGAAUUUGCACUGGAAGACAAUUGGCCACUUGUCUUUGUAAAGAUGAAAAAGAACAAGAUCAUUCCUGUUCUUGGUAAGUGAGAUUAUUAGAUGGCAGCUUAUGCUAAAGCACUUAUCUAAGAAGGCACAGAAUUAAAAAAAAAUGAUAAUAGGAAAGCAUGUACUAUUUUUUUAAAGCAAUAAACUCUUGAAUAAACAAAUUGCAAUUUAGUUUCAGAGAUAAUUUGAAGAUGGCAAUAGAUUGAAAUGUUUCUGUGUCUUGUUGACACUCCUUUCUUUCUUCCUCCUUAGCCAAAAUCCACCUUAAGAGAACAAAAAGGAAAAUGCAAGGUAUUCAUUUUGGAAGGAGGAAGUAUUCAUUCAGUGUAUUCCUGACAAAUAUUGUCAUGCCCCUCCCUUAACUGCUGCAGGUUUUAAUCCUUAUGGCUUUAAUGACACAUACUCAGGAAGGAAUUAUAAAGGAACACCCAAUUAUAUCACUGAGCCUGGCUGGGUGUUUUGCAAAUUCUGGUAUCCUAUGGAUUUUCGUUGAUCCAGUCUACCAUUACCAAUAAUACUCCUCUCUUCUCUGCAUUAUUGUUCAAUAUUAGAAAACUCAAUAUUGGCUAUUCCAAAGAUUGAAUUUUCUCCAAACAGUUUUUUAACAAAAAGAACAAGACAGCAUAGUAGAAAAAAAGUAGGCUAUAUGAAGAGUUUGUUACUCCUCAAUUUCUCUUGCCUUUUGCCUUAUUUCUAUUAGGACCGCCUUGUCAUAUUUUUUCCCCUAGGGGUAUCAGCAAAUAUUUAUUUUCAUGGUCAGUUAUAUUUAGACUUUCAAGCAGAUUCCUUUCUAUAUAAUUAGAAGCUAUAGGAUAGAAAUUGUUGAAAAAAGUUUAAAAAUUGUCAUAAUGAAACCAGUUCCUGAUUACAGUUUUAGGGGUUAAUUAACUCAAAUUGCCUUGUUAGGUAUAUAUGGAGAAAAAAAUAAUCGUAUUAGUUUUUUGAAUUCUUAAGAGAUGAUGCAGUUCUUCCUUAAAUAUAGAAAUAUGUUUUUCUCAUAUUAAAGAAUAUUUUUGUUAGUUAUGUAUAAGUUAUAAAUUUGAAAUUUUAACUUCUUGUGCUUUCAUAGAAUUCAUUAUUAAUGAUAAGUUUAAAAGAUUUUUUUCCCCUCCAGGUUUCGUAACCAAUCACUUGGAAUCAAAGUAGUUACAUAAAGCACUUAAUAAUACUAUAGAAAACUGGUGUAUUUUUCCUAGAAGCUAUUUUAAUGUUUUCCACAAAUAGGAAGUAUAUGCAGAGAAUAUAAUGUAACAGUAUUGGAAAGAGAUACUGAUAUAAGGGUAUAGUAAUCUGGGAGGAUGAUUAUAAAUGGGGUCCUGUAUUUCUAAUAUAAGCACGAGAUGGUGCUUUCUACUAAUAGGCUUAUUUUUUCAAAUGGGACAAUGUAAAGCAUUGCAGACUAUAAGCAACAAUCUUAAUAAUUCUUGUUGCUAGGGAAAUAGACUACCUGGUCUUUUAAAUUCCCACACUAUUACCGGGCCUGGGGUUAAUGAUUUCAAAUAGUUUAUAAAAAUGUGGGAUUACAUAUAAGAAAUUAUAACUGAUUAUCAAGGUGAUUCUUUUUUCUUUCUUUAAUGAGGAUUUUAUCUCUCUCUCUCUCUUUUCCUUCUUCAAUAAAGAUAUUCUGUCUCUUUUUU